AUGGUGAGACUAAGAUACCUAAAGAAAAAUUCCAUCAGAUCCCUCAUUUCUCCUCUCAAUAACAACAAUCCCUUCAACUAUUCAACAAUAACAUCAUCCACCACAUCAAAUGCUCUCAGUUUAAACCCAUUAUUUCCAUCUUAUUCAUCACCCCUGCAUAAACUACACGCAGAAGAUUUGGCUCUAACAUUUCGCGAAUGGUUCAAGUCAAAUGGGAACCCUUUUCUUGACCAAAUACAUCAAAUCCUAUCUUCUAAUGGCAGCAUCAGUGAAAAUGAGGAUUUUGUAGUGCAACAUGAAGCCAUAGAUGCAGCUUUAUCUUCUCUAAAUCUACGCCUCACAGAGUCACUUGUUCUUGAUGUUUUAUCAUACGUAAAAGACGUUUUAUCUUGCACAAAGUUCUUUGAUUGGGCAGGGAGACAACAAGGGUUUCACCACACACGUGCCACAUUCAAUGCAAUUUUCAAGAUUCUUUCAAGAGCAAAACUGAUGUCAAAAAUGUUUGAUUUAUUAGAAAGGUAUAACAAACAUCGAGGAGGUCACAUGACUAAUUUUCACAACAUUUUGGUCAUGGGUUAUGCUGUUGCAGGAAAACCCGAAAUUGCCCUUCAAUUAUUCGGCCGAAUGCGAUACCAAGGUAUUGAUUUAGACGAUUUUGCUUAUCAUGUGCUUUUAAAUGCUUUAGUGGAAGAGGGUUAUUUUGAUGAAGUUGAAUCAGUUGCUAGACAGAUCAAGAUUCGUGGUUUUGAAUCAGAAAUCACUCAUUCAAUUUUGGUCAAGGGUUUUUGUAGAAAAAGGGAGUUUGAUAAAGCAGAAAGUUAUCUGCAUGGGGUGAUUAAUAGUGGGAUUAAAAUAAAGAGUAGUGGUUAUAUAGUUGGUGCUAUUGUUGAUGCGUUAUGUAAGAACAAUGAGUUUGAUAAAGCUGGGAAAUUAGUCGAUGAAUUUGGGGAAUUUCAUGUUUAUGAUAUAUGGAUUCGGGAACUUGUUCGUGCUAGAAAGGUAGAUGGAGCUAUGGAGUUUUUGCAAAAAACUAGGAACCAAAAGCCGGCUGUUUAUGUUCCGGAUGUUUUUCGUUACAACUCCUUGAUUUUAAGACUUCUAAGAGAAAACAGACUCGAAGAAGUAUGUGAUUUAGUGAUUGAAAUGAUGAAAAACAAUAUCCCUCCAGAUGAGUUAACAAUGAACAUUGUUCUAUGCUUCUUUUGUAAAGCAGGAAUGGUGGAUGUUGCUUUAAAAUUAUACGAUUCAAGAACAGAGAUUGGAUUAUCUUUGAGUUCAAUGGCUGUUAAUUACUUAAUGAAUACCCUUUGUAGGGACGGAAGCGUCAUUGAUGCAUAUCGUAUUUUAAACAACUCAAUCGACCAAGGGUAUUUCCCGGGAAAAAUCCCGUUUUCUAUCUUGGCAGACGCUUUAUGCAAUGUGGAAAAUCUCGAGAUGAUGAAGGAGUUUUUUCGUGUAGCAUUAGAGCAUGGGAUUUUGUUAAGCAAUAAGUUUUACGAAAAGUACAUAAACGCCCUUUGUAGUAAGGGAAAGUUAGAAGAUGGGUAUAUCAUACAUGGGGAAUUAACCCUUCUUGAUAAAGUAACAACCGGAUGUGCUUACAAUACUUUGAUAAACGGGUUUAUAAAACACAAUAGAGGCGAUAUUGCAACAAGAUUAUUAAUAGAAAUGAAAGAAAAAGGUCGUACCCCUGGGAGGGAAUUGUUUCGAGGUGUGGUUCAAAGUGUAUGUGAAAUGGAAAAUCCCGAAAAACAAUUUGAAAAAUUGUUGGAAAUGCAAUUGUCUUUACAUGAACCCAAUUGUACGUUUUUUAAUUAUUUUAUAGAAGGAGCUGGUCUUGCUAAAAGACCCGAUUUAGCAAAAGAAGUGUAUGAAAUGAUGAAAAGAAGUGGGAUUUCUCCGAAUUUGGGUUCGGAUGUUUUAAUGUUGAAAAGUUAUUUAAAAAGUGGGAAAACAUCAGAUGCGUUGAUGUUUUAUGAUAUUUUGAAAAGACGAAAAAUCGGGAGAAAAGUAUGUAACACGAUGGUUGUUGGUCUAUGCAAAGCAAAUAAACCGGAUGUUGCGUUGAGUAUAUUUUUGGAAAUUAGAGAGAAGGGUAAAACGGUCAAACCAAGUAUCGAAUGUUACGAAGAGUUAAUUUACGUUUUAUGCAAAUACAAAAGAUAUGACAAAGUCAUGGAUGUUAUCAGUGACAUGAUUCGAGUCGGGCGUCCUUUAUCGUCUUUUAUCGGUAACAAUUUGCUUCUAUAUUCUUUAAAAGACCAAAACCUAUACAGCACUUGGGUCGACUCACUACCCACCGAGUCAACCGAGUCGACUCAGUCGUCACCUAUGUGGAAACUCGGUGAGUUGGUUGGGUUGUUUUCUGACCGGUUUAGAGACGAUAUAGAUAUCGAUGAGUUGGAGGAAGUAGUGGGGAAGUGUUUUCCACUUGAUAUAUACACAUACAACAUGCUUUUGAGGAAACUAAUAAAGAAACAGGUGGAUGAUGCUUCUAGAUUGUUCCGGAAGAUUUAUGAGAAAGGGUAUAAGCCGAAUCAGUGGACUUAUGAGACUUUGGUGCAUGGGUUUUACAGACAUGGUAGGGCGGCUGAAGAUUUUCAUAAAGUUGCAUACUUCCAAAAACAUGUGAAAUAUAUCAAAGAUAGGAGAGAGGGUGGAAAGUUAGACAAGGCCACAAAUUUGAAUGACAUAACUCUUCAUCUUCUAUCUUCUCCAUUUUCUUUGAUUUCAUCACUCAAGAGUCAAGAUAGCCACAAAUUUGAACAAGUUGCUGUUGUUGGGCUUGAAGUUCAAACUAAAGAUACCGAAUUGAGUGGAUCUCAUAAAUUUUGAUGGAAGCCAUUUGUGGCAUCAUGUAUUUAGGGUGUGAUAUACUCUCAAAGGAAUAUGUUGUUAAAUUUCAAUAUUAACAUACUAAUCUUCGGCUUUGCUAAUAUUAUAAUUUGUUCAAAUGCUUAUCUUUUGGAACAUCAUUUUAAUAAAAAUGAGUUUCAAGUUUAUGGUUUAAAACA